AUUUCCGGUCCCACACUCACAAUUAACGGUGCCAAGUGUCUUGCGUCUGUCUCUAACUGUCAUGCCACCCUUAAUUGUCGCUGCCCGACAUGCGAUAAAGUGUUCCGCUUUGAGAACCUCCUACAGGACUCGAUAUGCAUCAUCGCUGUCUCUGAAAGAGACCCUCGCUGAGAUUAUACCUGCCAAACGAGAGCAACUGGCACGGGUUCGGAAGGAAUAUGGCCAAACAGUGCUGGGAGACAUCAAAGUCGAGAAUGUUAUUGGAGGCAUGAGAGGACUGAAGGCCCUCCUCUGGGAAGGUUCACUUCUUGACCCUAAUGAGGGCAUCCGCUUCCAUGGUCUUUCUAUCCCUGAAGUUCAGAAGGUACUCCCAGCAGCCCGGGGCGGGAAAGAGAUUAUAGCGGAGAGCAUGUUUUGGUUGCUCAUAACAGGAAAGGUACCCACCGAAGAGCAGACUCGUAGAUUGUCACAGCAACUAGCAGAAAAUGGGGCUCUGCCUCAAUACGUCAAAGAUAUUUUGGAUGCGUUUCCCCGGACGCUUCAUCCUAUGACCCAGCUGGGAAUGGGGGUCGCGGCACUCAAUCAUGACUCCAGAUUUGUAAAGGCCUAUGAUAGGGGUGUGUUGAAGUCUGAGUAUUGGACCUACGCCUUGGAGGACUCCUUGGACCUUUUGGCCAAACUACCGAGUCUCGCCGCCAGGAUCUACAGGAACGUCCAUCGUCCGGAUCUUAAACUACCCGACUUGGAUAAAAACCAGGACCUUGUUGGGAACUAUGCCACGCUUCUCGGCUAUGGGGACAACGACGGCAUGAAAGAAUAUUUAAGGCUUUAUAUUGCCCUUCAUGGGGACCACGAAGGUGGCAAUGUUUCUGCGCACACCUCUCAUCUGGUAGCGUCUGCUCUAAGCGAUCCUUAUAUUUCAUACUCUGCCGCUCUGUUUGGUCUCGCAGGACCACUUCACGGGCUGGCGAACCAGGAGGUUUUGAGAUGGAUACUUUCCAUGAAGGACGCUGUUGGAGAGAACGCCUCUAAUGAACAGAUCAAAGACUAUCUGUGGUCCACUCUCAAGAGUGGCAGAGUUAUUCCAGGUUAUGGCCACGGUGUAUUGCGCGAUCCUGAUCCUCGUUUUAUUGCUCUUCAGAAUUUCUGCGAAGUUCGCCCGGAGCUUCAAGAUAGUCCUAUUAUCCAACUUGUCAAGAAAACCAGCGAGGUUGCUCCCGGCGUCCUAAGGCAACAUGGAAAAACGAAAAAUCCCAAUCCAAACGUGGAUGCCACGUCGGGGUGUUUGCUCUAUCAUUAUGGCCUCACUGAAUUCAAUUACUACACCGUGAUUUUUGGCGUUUCUAGAGCAUUGGGUUGUCUCGCUCAGAUUGUGUGGUCCCGAGCUCUCGGCCUUCCUAUUGAGCGACCAAAGUCUAUCACGCUCGGAGCGAUCGAGGAGUUUGCAAUAAAAGCGUAAAAAUCGCUUUCAUCUUAGUCCUAAACUCGUUUGACUAGGGAGCGUAGAGUUGUAGACUAAUAGAACUGCAGACGUUGUCUUGCAUGACGCAAGUUGGUCGGGCAAAUGCAAAGCCAUUAUCUAAAGC